GACCGGAAAACAAGAGAGAGAGGGAGAGGGAGAGAGAGAUAGACAGAGAGAGAGAGAGAGGGGAUUAUCUGCGAACUGCCUUCCGACCUGCUCGUGCCUGACCCGGGGAGAGCCGCGCGCGUAUCUCGCCCCUUUCAUCCCCAUCUUCCAGCCCCGGCUGCCCCGCGUCCACUAUCUGCUCUUUUGUCUCUCAUCACGCCGGAGGGGUGUGGGGGGGAGGGGGGUGUCAUCAUUAUCAUCAUCUUUGUUUUUAAUGGACUGAUCACUCAACAGCUGUAAGACUUCGGGACUGUUUUUGAUGUGCGGAAGUAUUUCUGUGUGUGUGGUUUUUUUUUUAUACUCCUGCUUGACGUUUGACCCCCACGCGUGACCCCCAGGCUGCGCGUGACCCCCAGGCUGCGCGUGACCCCCAGGCUGCAAGUUCACGGGUGAAACAGUCCAAACUAUACUUUUACCUCUUUUUUUUGGAGGGGGUACAUUUCCACUUCAUUGAAGGUCCGUCUUGUUGUUGGAAUAUGACUUGAUCUGGACUUAAGGCGAUUUGAAGUUCGUUUCCAGAAGAUUGUUCUCCUCACAACUCUUUGUCAAGGUUCUUCCGGAGGAGCGACUGCCCAACGUCGAGAGCCUCAAGAUGAUGCUGAGCCCGGACCAGGCGGAGGGGGACCUCUCCUGGACCCAGUCCGACCCGGAGUCCAUCCUCAACGGCCUCAGGUCCACCGGCUGCACCUCGGACGAGCCCACGGAGGAGGGCGAGGAGAGGCCCAAGUGCCGGUCCGACCAGCCCCUGAGCCGCGAGGAGAAGAGGAGGCGGCGGCGGGCCACGGCCAAGUACCGCUCGGCCCACGCCACCCGGGAGCGGAUCCGCGUGGAGGCGUUCAACGUGGCCUUCGCGGAGCUCCGGAAGCUGCUGCCCACCUUGCCCCCGGACAAGAAGCUCUCCAAGAUCGAGAUCCUCAGACUGGCGAUAUGCUACAUCUCCUAUCUCAACCACGUGUUGGACGUGUAACUAUAGCAACGGGACAGAACCGGGGU